AUGAAAGGUUUCUUCCUCACUUGGGACAUGAAUCACCUCACACUUCAGUUGCAUGUAGGAAUAGCCCUCUAUGUGCUCUUCAGAUGGUGUCAUGGAGGAAUUACAACUAUAAACUGCUCUGGUAACAUGUGGGUAGAGCCUAGUGAAAUGUUUCAGAUGGGGAUGAAUGUUUCUAUAUAUUGCCAAGAAGCCCUUAAGAACUGCCGACCAAUGAAGCUUUAUUUUUAUAAAAACGGCCGCAGAGAAAAAUCUCCUAUCACAAGGAUUAAUAGAACAACAGCUCGACUUUGGUACAAAGGCUUUUGGGAACCUCAUGCCUCUAUGCAUUGCACUGCCGAGUGUCCUGGGCAUUUUCAAGAGACGUUCAUUUGUGGGAAGGACAUUUCCUCUGGAUAUCCACCAGAUGCCCCCAGCCAAGUGACAUGUGUCAUCUACGAAUACUCAGACAACAUGAUGUGCACCUGGAACACUGGGAAGCCCACCUACAUAGAUACCAAGUAUGUGGUGCACGUGAAGAGUUUAGAGACAGAAGAAGAGCAACAGUAUCUUGCCUCAAGCCAUGUUAACAUUUCCACUGACUCAUUGCAAGGUGGAAGGAAGUAUUUGGUAUGGGUCCAAGCUGUCAACGCCCUAGGCAUGGAGGAUUCACCACCACUACAAGUCCAUCUGGAUGACAUAGUAAUACCUUCUGCACCCAUCAUUUCCAGAGCUGAGACUGUAAAUGCUACUGUACCCAAGACCAUAAUUUACUGGAGUAGCAAAACCAUGAUUGAGAAUGAAUUCUGUGAAAUGAGAUACAGAGAAACAACAAAUCAAACGUGGAAUGUUAAGGAAUUUGACACCAACUUCACUUAUGUGCAGCAGUCAGAAUUCUACCUGGAGCCCAACAGCAAUUAUGUAUUUCAAGUGAGAUGUCAAGGACCGGGUAAAAGACAUUGGCAGUCUUGGAGUUUGCCUUUUGUUCACAAAACGCCCCUCUCAGUUCCUCGGGUCACAUCAAAAUCAUCCCACGAAUCUCAGAAGAUUGAGAUGCUCACUGCUGCAGUCUUUAAAGGACAUCUUACUUCUGAUAAUAGUCAAGACAUUGGAUUUUUGUCGGGAAUGGUCUUCUUCUCCACCAUGUUGCCGAUUUUUGCUCUGAUUGGGAUAUUUAACACAUCACUUCGAAUAAGAAUUAAAAGAAAAGUCUUACUGAUAAUCCCAAAGUGGCUUCAUGAAGAUAUUCCUAAAAUGGAAAAUAGUAAUGUUGCACAAUUGCUACAGGAAAAAGGUGUAUUUGAGGAUAAUAAAGACAGUGAGCAGGCUCUGUAUGUGGAUCCUGUGCUUACAGAGAUAAGUGAAAUCUCUCCGCUGGAAUACCAUCACACAGGUUACAAGGAAGAAAGGCUCACAGGACUCCUGGAGACAAAAGACUGUCCGCUAACAACACUGUCUACCAGUUCUUCUGUUGUGUAUAUUCCUGAUCUCAACACUGGAUACAAACCCCAGAUUUCAAACAUUCCCCCCGGGGGAGACCAUUUCAUUAACAGGGAUGAGAGGGAGUCUGCAACCCUUGAGGCCACAAGUGACCACUUUACCAGACUGAAAACAUAUCCCAACUUUGCAUUUCCUGCCUCAAGUAUGACUUUACUGAGCAAAAUACUAAUUCUUGAUGACUUGAACCUCAUUUCAAAUCAAGGUGAAUUCAAUCCUCUUGACAUAAAAAACUCAAGACAGGAGGAAACAACCGUGACUUUGGAAAGUGACACACCCCAGGAAACUAUUCCAGAGCAGACCCUGCUGUCUGAUGAAUUUGUCUCCUGUUUGACAGUCAGGAGCGAGGACUUGGCAUCUAUUAAUUCUUACUUUCCACAGAACAUUUUGGAAAGCCAAUUCGGUGGGAUUUCACUCUUGCAAAAGUAG